AUCUACAUAUUAGACAUUAAAAAUUAAUCUAAUAGUUAAAAUAAAAUUACCUAAUGUCUAGCCCACAUAAAAGUUGCCCAAAAAAAAAAAAAAAAAAUUAAACAAAGUUAAAGUUUCCUUAUCCUCAAGUAUACACAAACGGAUCAUAUUUCUGUGGAACUGAAAGCAAAACAACAUAGAAAACUCCAUAUGCCUCUCUUAGUCUCAUCCAUGGAAACUCUGAAUUCAUCAACUUUUCCGAUACUCCACUCCAACCCAGUUUUGCUGAAAUCCAAGCCUCUAAAGCCCUACAGAGUUUCCGUCAAAGCCCCGCCGCCGGACUUCGAUUUCAGGUCGGAAAUUCUAGAAACUUCCACUGCCACAAUUGCCAAAACUCACCCGGAGUUGCUUGAUUUGGCGAGUAAUGGGAGCUUGGUGUUGAUCGAGAAGAGGCUUUUCGGCCCCGUCCCGUCUUGGCGGUCGGAGUUCGUGGAGCCUGAGGCGAUUUGGUUGAUCGGCACGACUCAUAUUUCUGAAGAAUCAGCAGAGGAAGUUGAACGUGUUGUCAGAGCAGUAAAUCCUGAUAAUGUGGUGGUUGAGCUCUGCAGAAGCAGAGCUGGGAUUAUGUACGUAUCUGAAGAUAAUGAUGAUAAACAAGGGCAGCUACUACGAUCAAACAUGUUCACUUUGAGUGGCAGUGGCUUCUUUGGUGCCGUUGGUCGUAGCAUAGACUUGGGGGGUCAAACUGCUUUGGCAUUGCGCCUACUUUUGGCUGUUUUCUCGUCAAAGAUAUCUUCGGACGUCAACCGACCUUUUGGUGAUGAGUUCCGAGCUGCUCGAAAAGCGUCUGAAGAAGUCGGUGCUCAAAUAGUGUUGGGAGAUAGGCCAAUAGAAAUAACUCUUGAGAGGGCAUGGAAUUCUCUGACAUGGGCUGAGAAAGUUAGCUUAGUGACAUCAGUUGUUCGUGGGAUAACUUCCCCAUCUGAUAUAUCUCAGAAAAAUAUAAUAAAGGACCAAUCAAGGACAGAUAUUGAUAGAUCGUUACAACUCUAUGAGCAGCUCAGUUUUUCAUACCCUUCACUUCUCCAGCCUCUUAUACACGAAAGAGACACUUAUCUAGCGUGGUCCCUUAAGCGUAGCAAAGCUGUGAACAAAAGUAAGAGAGUUGUGGGGGUGAUCGGCAAGGGCCACAUGAAUGGUGUAAUCUACGCGUUGGUGUCCGACCAAGGCAACUUGCGCUUCAGAGAUCUCGCUGGGAAAACUUAUAACAAUAAAACCCCAACUUCUAAUAACUAUUUUUCCAAUUAUGCUUGGCUCACUACUCUUUUCAAGUCCUUGAUUAGAGACACCCUCAUUGGCUUCUUCUUGUGGGCAUUAUAUGAGCAGAUCAUAAAAGGUGGCUUAUUUUAAGAUCAUGCACGAUCCACUUAUCUGCUUAAUCUUAUCUUAUAGUACUAUAUAUAUACACAUUCUCCCUUUUUUUUUGGGCACAAAAAGUCCAAAGUGAAAUACCAGAAUUGGUUUGGAUUUGAAAAGUUGCCCUUCUUUUUACCCCUUUUUUUGUAUACACGAAUGUCUUCUUGU